CACAAGGAGGAGGAGGAAUGGAUGAGAUGAUCGAGCAUAAAGCGCAUGCGAGAGUUGGAUUAUUAGGUAAUCCCAGUGAUGUGUACUACGGCCGUACCAUCUCUUUCAGUCUUGGUAACUUCUGGGCCACUGUCAAAUUACAGCCCUCCGAUCAUCUCGUUAUCAAGCCUCAUCCGGUUCAUGAUCUCGUCCAGUUUCAAUCUCUUCAUCACCUGGUGAAUAGGUUGCAAAAUGAAGGUUAUUAUGGAGGAGUGCGAUUGCUUAUGGCUAUCUGUAAAGUUUUCCAUGGCUAUUGCAAGGACAACAAUAUUUAUCUUCAUGAUGGGAAUUUCACUCUAUCUUAUGAUACAAAUAUCCCUCGACAGACAGGACUUUCGGGUUCCAGUGCCAUUGUAUGUGCAGCCCUAAGCUGCCUGCUUGACUUUUACAAAGUCAGACAUUUGGUCAAAGUGGAAAUAAGGCCAAAUCUUAUCCUUAGUGCUGAGAAGGAACUUGGUAUUGUUGCUGGUCUUCAAGAUCGAGUGGCGCAAGUCUACGGUGGCCUUGUUUAUAUGGAUUUUAGUAAGGAACACAUGGAUAGCUUGGGGCAUGGCAUCUAUACACAAAUGGAUACUGAUCUUCUUCCACCUCUCCAUCUCAUCUAUGCUGAGAAUCCAAGUGAUUCUGGGAAGGUACACAGUACUGUCCGUCAAAGGUGGCUUGAUGGUGAUGAAUUUAUUAUAUCAUCAAUGAAGGAAGUUGCAAGUAUUGCACAGGAAGGACAGACAGUAAUACUUGAAAAGAACUAUUCAAAACUUGCUGAGCUCAUGAACCACAAUUUUGACCUUCGAAGGAGCAUGUUUGGAGAUGCAGCAUUGGGUAGUUUAAACAUAGAAAUGGUGGAGGUUGCACGGCGAGUGGGUGCUGCUUCAAAAUUUACAGGCAGUGGAGGAGCUGUAAUUGCAUUCUGCCCUGAUGGUCCUUCACAAGUGAAGCUUCUGGAGGAUGCAUGUCACAAAGCUGGAUUUUCAAUUCAACCGGUUAAAAUCGUUCCUUCUUACCUAACUGAUGUUGAUAAAAGUACCUUUUCAAAUUAGUAUACAAAUGUGAGAGUUUAGGGCUUUAAAAGAGUUAAAAUGUUUAUUUGUUUAUUAUGUGAUGUCUAUUGUCAAUAAAGUUCCUCUCCAAACAGGAAAGGGAUUUUCGGAUAAAGAUAAGAACGAAGACAGAUAAAAUCUUCAUAAUAAAGAUGAAAAUAAAUAUAUCUCUACUUCA